ACGUGGUCUAAAGACGUACGUCCAUUUCCCGAGAGGCAAUGCGAUUUUUGUAGAGGUCAAGAUGGCGGGGAGGGCUCCAGUUGCAGCCAGCGGUCGUCUGCUUGAGAGAUUUUACAAGUGGUAUUACAAUGCACAAGGAUUCAACAAAUAUGGAUUAAUGCGUGAUGAUGUAAUACAUGAAACUGAUGUUGUCAAAGAAGCAAUAAAGAGACUUCCAGAAGAGGUAUAUUAUGAAAGAAUAUUUCGCAUCAAGAGAGCAGUCCAGUUGAGUCUGAUGCAUGAAAUCCUUCCUAAAGAUCAGUGGACAAAAUAUGAAGAGGAUAAGCGUUAUCUUUGGCCACAUGUGGAGGAAGUCCUUCGUGAAAGACGCGAAAAACAAGAAUUAAGAGAUAAAUAACUUUCUGUCAUUUAUUUAAGCAAAUGUCUUCUUUAGAACUUAAAUUGUUUGGGCAGAGAUGUUGAAUACAUUUGAAUGCUGAGCAAAAAAUUCUUUGCUUAGUAAUAUUUGUUCACCCAGUUCAAAUAAAUGUUACCAAAUCUUUUUGGAAUCCUCUUUCCUAAACUGCAAAGAACUGGUGCAAGCCUUUUCAGCCACGUUACAUGUUGACAUGGUGAUCUUCAUUCCAGUUGUUUGAGUAAUUUUUUUGUCAUAAUACAGAUGUUUCCUGCAGCUGGGAGGAUAGAUAAGCAAUUAUUCCUUUCUGUUUCUGUUAUUCCAAUUCAUUUUUAAAAGAAGAGGUGCUCAUGUGCAGAAUGAUUGUAUAUAUCUUGUUCCUGGAGAUGGAAAUAGAGGCAUGAAAGUUGGGUCAGUAACAGUGAUGUGAAAUCAGGAUUACAUAGUUCCCAUCAUAUCUAACCAGAAAAAUGGAAUGCUCUAUUAAUAUAUGUUUUUGAAAUGUGUAGUUCCUGCCAAUUUUCAAAUAAAGCCAAUCGCCUCAUUUAAUCUGAA